AUGUCAAGCAAAAAGGAUACACUGAGAGAGCUAUACCACUACCUCCCCAGCAAGCCGGCCGCUAUCAUAUUUGCAAUUCUAUACAUUGCAUCGUCUUUCCUCCACGAAUAUCAGUACAAAGCCACCCGACCACAGAAUUUCACCAUGCCGUUUGUCCUCGGCACAACAUUUUCAAGUGUUGGCUUUGUCACUCGAUCGCUAAGCGCUCUCAAAAUAGGAGACCCGCGUACACUAUGGAGAAUAUCCACCAUGUUCACUCUCGGUGCCGGUCCGACCUAUGCAGGUGCAGACUACUUCGUAUGCGGCCGGAUAUUCAGUUACGUUCGAUCCGCAGCACCGAUAUCCCCACUCCGAACGGUUAGGACCUUUAUUUUCUUUGACUUCCUAGCAGAAAUUGGGGUCUGGGUUGGAUCCGGUAUAAAUGACAGCAAGGAUCCUAACAGCGCAAGAACAAAGCUGGGCGUCAACCUCGUGCGGGCGGCUGUUAUUAUACAACUAGCACUGUUCGCAUGCUUCGUUGCUGUUGUGUUAUUGUUCCAGAUACGGGCCACUAGCCGGGGAUUUUGGAGAGCAAGCCACCAGCAAUCUGGGGGUACUCCCGGAUGGGUUAAGGUCAUAUACACUCUGUAUGCAUCUUCCCUUUUAAUUGCUGCGAGGUCCGGGUAUCAUAUUGCAGAGAGCUUUCUUCCUAUCGAUCACCCACUUAGAGCUACGGAAGUACCUUUUCUGUGCCUGGAAGCUCUUGUGAUGUUCAUCAAUGCGGCCAUGUUCAAUGUGAUUCACCCAGGAGUUCUUCUGCCGAGUAAUCCUCACGUCUAUUUGCUUGCAAACGGUAUGGAAGCUGAGGAUGAUAGCCCUGAAGGCACACUUGAGGACACUCGGCCUUUGAAGAUGAAGAUUCUGGACCCUUUAGAUAUUAAAGGCCUCUUUAGGAAAAAGCAGCAGCUAAAGCCUUAUCAGCAGAGACCGUUUGCUGGCGAUGACGAGAUGAUGUCUGAAAGCAUAAUAAUGUUGGGAAGUAGGCAGCGCCAGGAGUUCCACUAG